AUGGCUUCGUCGUCAAUCUCGCCUGAAGAAGAACUGGCUCCGUUUUUGAGCACCAGACAAAUUAUUGUGCACCCCAUUAGCACACUGUCGGCCAUGUUCUUAGUCUAUGGUUUUUAUAUUCUACUAUUCGGCAUUGCUGUUCGCUCUCUGGCUCGUCAGCUUCACCGGCCCAAUCGAAAACUAUUUUUAUGCUGGACAAUAACCCUAUUCGCUUUGAUGACCAUACUUGUUAUCAUCCAAGCAUGGAGUUUGAUUCGACAGUCGAUAAUUGACUUUGAUGCUGCAAAAUCCAAAGAUUAUCUACCAUUGAUAUGGUACAAUGCUCACGAUAUGGUGAAGGUUGCUCAUUUUACAAUUCUGAAUGUCCUGCCUGUACUCCAGAACUUCAUUACUGACACAAUGCUUAUUCACCGGUGUUAUGUCAUUUGGAACUCAAGGCAGCAAAUUGGGAUUCCUCUGAUACUUGUAUCAGCUGUAAUAAAUGCUAUCGGACUAGCAAGUACUAUUAUGGGUGCAGUUGCUGGGUCUAACAUGGAUGUUGACUCAAAUGUGAGGAUUUAUCAGAUUGGAAAUAAUAUCAACUCUGGAUACUUCCUUGCAAACAUGUCGUUCAAUGGGUUCCUCACGCUACUAACAGCUGGGAGAAUCUGGUAUGUUACCCAUGAGGCACGCUCAAUAAUAGGUGGAAAUGUCAGCAAGAGGUACAAAACAAUAGUUGCCAUCAUCCUGGAAUCUGGUAUCCUCUACCCUUCUGUCCAGCUGGUUCAGACAAUUAUAAAUUAUGCCUAUGAUCCGGAUGCUCAAGGCUCUAUUCCAUUUGACAUCAGUCCACUUUGUGUUCAGGCUGCGGGUAUUGCACCAACAUUGAUCAUCACAAGACUGGCAAAGGGAAAAGCCAUGGAUACCUUUCAAGGUGACAUGGCACACUCAACAAUGCACUUUGCCCCUGGUAUAUCUGCAGUGUCAGUGGUGUCACAGAGCCAGUCAGUGCAGUUACAGCAACAACCAAGCAAUGAAGCUUUGGAUAGGAAGGAAGAUGGUUUGAAAGCAAAGGGCAAUGUCUAG